AUGAAAUACAGGGUAGGGGAUCGUCUGAACAUUGGAGGAGAGAUAUGUACGGUUAGAUAUGUCGGUGAGAUUUGCAAGUGGCCAGAAACCAAUGCCUAUGGUGUUGAAUGGGAUAAUCCUACGCGAGGUAAAAAUGAUGGAGCAGUGGAUGGCGUCCGAUAUUUCGAGGUAUCGAAAUAUCGUUCAGGCUCGUUCGUGAAGGCUACUAAGCUAGAGAAUGAGGCACAUACAGGCUUUUCGUUUGAUAGGGCAUUUGCUCAAAAAUAUUUGACUCCGCCUAUAGAACUAGCCAGUUCUGCUCCAGCUUCGAAACCGGAGGUAGCGAAAGGCCUAAGGCCUACAGAAAAAGUCUUCCUCGAUGGAUGUUCAAUUAAUGACGAAAGAAUUUCUGAAAGUGCUUUGAAUGUCAUCCGCGCAAAUUGUGCUGAGGUGACACAGCUGGACUUAUCUUCCAAUCUUUUGUCCACUUUCAGCCAAACCUGUCAACUCAUAUCGGAAUUCAAGAAUCUUCGAUAUCUGGACCUUUCGCGCAAUGUUUUCUCGAAAGGGUGGGACAGCCUUGGAGAGUUCAGCUUUCAUCGAGUUAAGCGCCUACAGCUUGUUGGAUGUGGGCUCAAAAUAGACCAACUUGAAAAGGUCUUUAAAUGUUUUCCAUGCUUGGAAACGUUGGAUCUGAGUUGGAACGACUUAUCGUCACCAACCGGAGAGACAAUUUAUUUUCCUUCGACGUUAACGGAGCUGUCCCUAUCUGGUAAUUUGAUGAAUAGCCUUCCUUCGGGAAUCUCAAGCCUCCGUCUUCGAAGCCUAAACUUAUCUCACAACUUAUUGCACGCUCUAGAUAUACUUCCAUUUCCUAAGCUGAUAGAUCUCGAUAUAUCCCACAAUAUGAUACAGAAGUGGGAUACAUUAGACCUCCUGAAUCAAGCUCUGCCUGAACUUCGGUUCGCUAGGAUCAAUGGCAACCUCUUCAACGCAGCGGGUGACGAAAUAUCCAAUUUUUAUGCAACCAUAGCAAGGCUUCAAAGCAUUGAAGGUUUGGAUGGUUCUAUGCUUUCCAAAGCUACAAGGCAAGAGGCAGAACUUUUCUUCGUGUCGAAGGUCAUUAGUGGACAGAUUGAAUAUGACAGACGUCUGCCGCGCUGGACGGCGCUAGCAAGAAAGUAUUCAAUUCACGAAAAGCAACAAGUCACUCGCAAAAGCUGGCUGGAGUAUUUGAUCAUUACCGUCAGGGUCGUCAAUGAAGAGAAUCAAAACUCAGCCAAGUGCUCAAUUCUCACAAAUUACUCUGUAAGGUACUUAAAGACAAUUAUCGCGCGAAAGUUGCAACUAGGAAAAGGUCCUUUUCAACUAUUUUUCUAUCCUGCUCCGGACGCUCGUCAGAAUAUGGACUCGGAAUUUAGGCAGGUCAAUUACUAUGGAAUAUGCGACAAUACUACAAUUUACAUAAAGCGGGUAGCUUAA